GGGACCUAAUUCCUAAGAAGUCUAAAAUGAGUUAGAUAUACUUGCAAGACUUUUACAACGCCAUCUAGAACGUGACGCUAAGAAACUAAUAUAAAAGUAGUUCUAUCUUACUUUUAUAAACUUUCGGUCUCUUUCACACUCGUGUCCUUGAUCACGUCUUUUGAAAUAACACAGACAUAUUUAGUGUUCGAUCAACCGUUACGAUUGAAACAUUUCGGCGGUUAUUUUAAAAGUGUCUUGUUAGUGUUUAGGUCAGUUUCAUAGUAUUAUUUAAGGAUGUCAUCGCGAUCAAGAAAAAUUCUUGAUUUAAUUCAGACUGAAGAUAAUAAAGGUCCUCAUCAAAAUCUUGACAACCAGGCAGAUACUUCAUCUAAUGAGCUGUUAAAACCUGGUGAUACUAUUAAAAGUCAGAGUAUUGAAGUUCAGAUAUUAUGUGAUGUUAAAAAUAAACCUGAAAAUCAACAAUAUAUGGAUGUAUCAGAAUAUUUUGAAGCUACUAAAGGCCGUAAAAAGACACCUAUAGAUUAUCGCGUUUCACCUGUUAAUCCUGAUGAAAGCGAUGCAGAUUUAAGCGAUGGUGAUCCUUCUUUUCAAAUACAAAACGAGAAACGGGGUAAUGUUUUAUUUACAUCUAUUUAUCGUUCGAGUUCUAGUAGUAGUUCUUCUUCUACCUCAAGAUCAAGUUCUUCAUCAUCUAAUAGCUCUAGCGAUGAGUCUGCGGAAGAACAUAAUGCUCAUAACAAGGAAAAUACUAAAUCAGGACCAUCAAUACAACUUGAUAAAAGAACAAGUGACAUAAUGCAAGAUACUAUAAUGCAUGAUUCAAUUUCGGCAGCAAAUAAAGCAGCUGUUGCAGUUUUUACUAAAGGUAGAAAACGCACUAGACAACCGGAAAAUUGGAAACAAACGAAAUCUAAGAUUUUGAGAAAUUCAGGUCAAUCAUAUAUUAAUAGCAAAAAUACAAUAACUAAAGCUCGUCAACUCAAACCACCAUGUAAUGAUACAUGCAGAUUGCGAUGUUUUACCAAGAUUAAUACUGUUCAAAGGCAAAAUAUUUUUGAUACAUAUUGGGGAAUUGGGGAUAUUCAUAAUCAGCGAUCUUUUAUUUUGUCAUGUUUAACUAAUAUUGAACCCAAAUAUAAAUAUACCAAUGCUUUGGUCCCAAGAAAUUGUAACAAAGCUUUCCAUUUUACUGUUAACGGUAAUCCAAUCCGGGUUUGUAAAGUUUUUUUUCUUAAUACUUUGGAUAUAUCUGAUCGUGUGGUUCGUACGGUUAGAAGUAAAACUGACGAACAUGGAGUUUUGAAGACUGAUUUUAGAGGAAUGACUUGUAACCGUAAAUCAGAUGAGGUAUUAAUUUCUGACAUCAAAGAAUUUAUUAACUCGAUUCCAAGAACAGAUUCCCAUUAUACACGCCAAUCAUCGACCCGUGAAUACAUAGAUGGUAGUAAAACGAUAGUCGAUCUUUUUAGAGAUUUUGAAGAGGUACAAAAACAAAAAAAUAAGUCUGCUGGAAAAUAUUGCACAUUUUAUAAAAUAUUUACCACCCAAUUUAAUAUAUCAUUCUUCCGACCACGUAAAGACCAAUGCGACCUAUGCCUGCAAUAUCAAAAUUCAUCCGUUGAGGAGAAGCUUCUGAUACAAGAACUAUAUAAUUGCCAUUUGGAAGAAAAAACCCUCAGUCGACAAGCAAAAUAUAACGAUCGACGUAAAAUCGACAAUAAUAAUAAAGUAAUUUUAUUUGAUCUUCAAGCAGUUCUUCAAACACCUAAAGGGGAUACUUCAGCAUUCUACUAUAAAAGUAAACUCAAUAGCUAUAAUUUUACUGUUACUUCUUUAAACAAAAAAGUAGAAGGAAAAAUUCAGGAUUCAUAUAACAGUGUGCAUUGUUAUUUUUGGUCCGAAACAGACGCAAAAAGAGGUGCCAAUGAGAUAGGGUCAUGUUUAUUAAAUUAUUUUGAAUAUCUUUGUAGUGAAAGCAGAGCUACAGCUACUAAUGAUGAAGGCCUUGAUCUUAUACUGUAUUCGGAUAAUUGUGGAGGGCAGAACAAGAAUAAGUUUAUCGUUACGGUAUAUCUUUACGCAGUGACACAUUUGAAUAUAAAAUCUAUUACACAUAAAUACCUAAUAAAGGGCCAUACACAAAAUGAGGCCGACAAUGUACACAGCCUUAUAGAGAAGGAAAUCAAAAAGAAUUUGAAAUCGGGACCAAUAUAUUCUCCCCAUCAAUAUGUAUCGAUCAUUAAAAAUGCACGAAAAAAAGGUUGCAGGUUUAUAGUUAAUGAGUGUUCUUUUAAUAACUUUUAUGAUUUUAAAAAUCUACAAGAAUGUUGGGGGUAUAAUUUUAGUAGAACCAAAGAUGGGAAAACUGUUGUAUGGAAUGACAUAAAAAUGAUUAAGGUAACAAAGGAUACCCCGUUUUCUUUUUUUAUUAAAGAAUCAUACAAACAGCAGAAUUUUUCUGAAGUAUAUGUCCGGAACAGGCGAACUAAAAUGUUGCCUUUAAACCAAUUAACACUAGUUAAGGCUUACACAGGCAAACAAGAGUUGAGCGAGAAUAAAAAACAAGAUUUACGCGAGUUAAUUACUAAGAAUUUGAUACCUAAUUUUUAUUCUGAUUUUUAUGAUUCCAUUCUGUAAUGUUAGCUGCCAAGAAACUGAUUUAAUUUUUUAUAAUUUUAAAUUAUAUAAAUUUAAUUUAUAAGAAAAAAGGAUUAGAAAAGGUUUGUGAAACCUUUGUGUUGAAAAAGCUGUUGGAACUGAUUCAAACCAAAGCAGCCCAAUCAAGUUUAAUGUGAGACUGAUUAAAUUAUGUCUUAGAAUUUAAUUACUUAUAGUUUGCUAGUUAAUUAGAUAAUUAUUGGUAUCAAAUUAAAAAGUUCUGUGAAACUAUUAAUUAUGUUAGUAAAUAAACAUAACCAGAUUCUAUUAAUUAGUUUUACAAUGAAAGUGUAUUUUUUAAGUUCUAGUAACAUAAGUGCAACAACGUUAAUAAUUUUCGGAGUUUUAAUACAAAUUUGUCUUUAUUGUUGAUUUUAGUUUCCAUUAAAAGAGACCAAACUGAGAAAAAAUGUUAUUAUUUUUAGUAAUAGUUUGACUUAUACCUAGAAAAGCCAGUCGCUUUGUAUGUGUGUUUAAAAUUAAAAUGACUUAAAACAAA